AUGACAGCUCUAUCAAAAUUAGCAACUCUGGCGACAAAUCAGGAAACAUCAAUCAAAUCAAGACAACAGGAAAUCUUAAACUGGUAUUAUUACUCUCUUGAAUUCGAAAAUAAGGUUCGUGAUAUUACAGCUGAUG